UUAUUUUUCUUUUCUGUCUGUCCACACCACUCUCUCACCACUCCCUCUCUCUCUCUCUAUCUCUCUCCCUCACACACACAAACACACACAAAAGACACUAACAAAAAGCAGCAUGUCUAGUGAGAGAAAAUCUAGAGAGAGAAAGCUCAGAGCGAUACUAUCUCCGGCAUUCCACGCCUCCCGGCAGCUUCUUCACUGACUCUCCCCGCAACUUUUUCCGGUUUCAGGCGAGUUGCUGAUUUUGUGUCUAUUUAUGUAAUUUUCGAGGAGGAGGUCCUCUUUGAUUUUAAGUUGUAGAUUGAAGAUGAGAAGCUUGUUUGUUCACACAGUAUUGUUGUUGCUAGUUGUGGGUCAAGUAAGAUCUUUGAACCCGUCACUGAAUGAUGAUCUAUUGGGACUCAUUGUAUUUAAGGCUGAUAUUCAAGAUCCAGAUGGAAAGUUAGAAUCUUGGAAUGAAGAUGAUAAUAGUCCCUGCGGAUGGAUGGGGGUUAGAUGUAACCCUAGAUCUAAUAGAGUUACGGAGUUGAAUCUUGAUGGUUUUGGUCUUUCUGGAAGGAUAGGCCGAGGAAUUCUCCAACUUCAGUUUCUACGGAAGUUAUCACUUGCUAAGAAUAAUCUUACUGGGAGCCUAGCCUUUAGUCUCGCCCAGUUGGAAAACCUGAGGGUUGUUGACUUGAGCCAGAACAAUCUUGGAGGCCCUAUUCCAGGCAAUUUCUUUAGCCAAUGUGGCUCGUUAAGAUCGAUUUCUUUGGCUAAUAACAAGUUUUCAGGACACAUUCCAGAUAGAUUAAGCUCAUGCUUUACACUUGCUACACUUAACUUCUCCGGGAAUCAGUUUUCAGGUCUGCUGCCUUCUGGGAUUUGGGAUAUGCAGGGGCUUAGAUCACUUGACUUGUCUAGUAAUCUGCUUGAGGGUGAGAUACCCAAGGGCAUUGAAGGAGCAAACAACUUGAGAGAAAUACAUUUGGAAAAGAAUCGAUUAACUGGCGAGGUUCCAGCCGGAAUCGGUAAUUGUUUGCUGCUAAGAUCAAUAGAUUUUAGUGAUAAUUCUUUUUCAGGAUUUAUUCCAAGCACAAUGCAGAUGCUUACUUUGUGCAAUAAUCUUAAUUUACACAAGAACUCCUUUUUGGGUGAAGUCCCUGAAUGGAUUGGAGAUAUGAAAAGCCUUGAGAGUCUGGAUCUUUCUGAAAAUAGAUUGUCUGGACCAAUGCCAAUUUCUUUGGGGAAGCUUCAGUCUCUGAAACUUCUGAAUCUAUCCAAAAAUUCCCUUUCAGGGAGCUUGCCUGAGUCGAUUAUCAAUUGCGUAAACCUUGUUGUGGUGGAUGUAAAUCAGAAUUUUUUGACUGGCAAGCUUCCAUCCUGGUUGUUUGGAUUGAGUUUACAGAAAGUUGAUUUCUCAGAGAAUAAUUUAAACGGAAACAUAGAUGCUUCUGUGAAAUCUUUGACGGACCACUCCCGCAGAAGCCUUCUAGUAUUGGAUAUAUCUAACAAUUCAUUGACUGGUGAAAUCCCAUCUGCUCUUGGGGACAUUAGCAGCUUGCAAUACUUAAAUUUGUCCAGAAAUUCACUGACAGGUGGCAUACCAGACAGUAUUAAAAAUUUGAAAGCUUUGGAUGUUCUUGACCUGAGUAACAACCAGUUGACUGGAAGCAUUCCCAUGAAAAUCGGAGACGCUGUAUCUUUGAGGAAGUUGUGGUUAGAGAAGAACUUCUUGUCCGGGGAUAUUCCUGCUUCUAUAGAAAAGUGUACUCCACUGACAUCAUUGAUACUGUCACACAACAGCCUGACUGGAUCUAUCCCUGUUGCCUUUGCUAAGCUUACGAACCUUCAAACUGUUGACCUGUCAUAUAACAAAUUCUCUGGAACUCUACCAAAGCAAUUGGCUAAUCUUGCCCACCUUAUUUCCUUCAACAUAUCACACAACCAGGUCCAAGGUGACCUGCCUGCUGGUGGUUUCUUCAACACUAUUUCCCCAUCUUCCCUAUCCGGCAAUCCAUCUCUUUGUGGUGCUGCAGUAAAUAAGAGUUGCCCUGCUGUCCUUCCCAAGCCAAUUGUCCUAAAUCCUAAUUCUUCUGAUUCCAAUCCAGACUCAAUCCCUGUCAAUCCUGGUCACAAAAAAAUAAUCCUUAGCAUUUCUGCGCUUAUUGCCAUUGGUGCAGCUGCCACGAUUAUCAUUGGGGUAAUUGCCAUUACUGUUCUCAACCUCCGUGUUCGAUCCACUACACCUCAUUCUGCAGCAGCUUUCACACUAUCUGGAGGAGAUGGCUUCAGCAGUUCCCCUACCUCAGAUGGCAAUUCUGGGAAGUUAGUGAUGUUUUCUGGCGACCCUGACUUUAGCACAGGAGCACAUGCACUUCUCAAUAAAGAUUGUGAGCUUGGGCGUGGUGGCUUUGGAGCUGUCUAUCGAACAGUUCUUAAAGAUGGGCGGUCAGUUGCCAUUAAAAAGCUCACUGUUUCCAGUCUUGUCAAGUCGCAAGAUGAUUUUGAAAGGGAAGUUAAGAAAUUGGGGAAAAUUCAUCACCGUAAUCUUGUGGCCCUCGAAGGUUAUUAUUGGACUCCAUCACUACAACUCCUUAUAUAUGAAUUUGUUUCUGGCGGAAGCUUGUACAAGCAACUUCAUGAGGUGUCAGGAAACUCUCUUUCAUGGAAUGAGAGAUUUACUAUUAUUCUUGGAAUAGCUAAAAGCUUGGCUCAUUUGCACCACCAGAACAUUAUACACUACAACCUGAAAUCAAGUAAUAUCUUGAUUGACAGCUCAGGAGAACCAAAAGUUGCGGAUUCUGGUCUAGCGAGGCUGUUACCUAUGCUAGAUCGUUACAUUUUAAGCAGCAAGAUUCAGAGUGCACUUGGCUACAUGGCACCUGAAUUUGGAUGUAAAACUGUAAAAAUUACAGAAAAAUGUGAUGUAUACGGGUUUGGGGUUUUGGUACUGGAGGUGGUUACCGGAAGGAGACCGGUUGAGUACAUGGAAGACGAUGUGGUAGUACUCUGUGAUAUGGUCAGAGGGGCACUGGAAGAAGGCAGGGUGGAGGAUUGUGUUGAUGAGAAGCUAAGGGACAAGUUUCCACCCGACGAGGCAAUUCCAGUAAUUAAGUUAGGCUUGAUUUGUACAUCACAGGUGCCUUCAAAUCGGCCAGACAUGGCAGAGGUGAUAAACAUAUUGGAGCUGAUCAGAUGUCCUUCAGAAGGCCAGGAAGAGUUGGUAUAACUACUAACUAAGCUUGAUGUUUUAAAUUUGAUAGCUUGUUCGGCGAAAAGGAAUCCGGUUCUUUUGUUCAAAUGGUAGAGGGAAGUAAUAUUAAAGUUUGAAUUCUUCCCCUUUUAGUUUCCCCUAAUUUUUCUCUUCACCAUUAGGGUACCUUUUAGCUUGUGCUUGUAUUUCUUAGUUCCUUCUCCAAUGUUAGAGUUGGUUAUCGGAUUUCUUUUCACCGGGUGCAGUACGGGGAGUCUUGAACAUUCUUACUCGCUUAACUAAUUAUUAUCUUGUUCCACUUCUUAA